AUGCACACACGGAACACGUGUCGGUCUUUUUCCGCCCGGAUCAGCAGCGACUGAAAGGUGGCAAAAUGCAGAUCUUUGUGAAAACUUUGACCGGUAAGACCAUCACCCUUGAGGUCGAGCCCAGUGACACCAUCGAGAAUGUGAAGGCCAAGAUCCAGGACAAAGAGGGCAUUCCUCCUGACCAACAGCGUCUGAUUUUUGCUGGCAAACAGUUGGAAGAUGGCCGCACACUCUCAGACUACAACAUUCAGAAAGAGUCCACUCUUCACCUGGUGCUGCGUCUCAGAGGAGGCAUCAUUGAGCCGUCCCUUAGACAGCUGGCACAGAAAUACAACUGCGAGAAGAUGAUCUGUCGCAAGUGUUACGCUCGUCUGCACCCACGUGCUGUCAACUGCCGCAAGAAGAAGUGCGGUCACACCAACAACCUGCGCCCCAAGAAGAAGCUGAAGUAGACUGCAGCACUAAUAUGUGUCAGGAACAGCUGGAGAUUCUUUAAAAUAAAAUGUGGAUGAAAACA